AUGCAGACUAUAAGUCUAUCUGAUGAUGGAAUCGAGCAUAGAAAAGCUUUAGAUAGCCUAAAUUCUAAAAUUAUUAAAUCUAGGCGAAUAAUCGUCGUAUCUGGUGCAGGCAUAUCCUGUAGCUCUGGUAUUCCGGAUUUUAGAUCAAAAGAAGGCUUAUACGACCUCGUAAAGGACAAAUUCUCAGGGAAUCUAUCUAAAGGUCAGGAUUUAUUCGACGCUCAACUUUUCAGAGACGCAUCGACAACCUCCUUCUUCUACUCGUUCAUUGCUCAACUAAAAUUAGCCUCCGAUAGAGCACUUCCCUCCCCAACUCACAAGUUCUUUAAAAAUUUGGAGACAAAGGGUAGAUUACUGCACUCGUACACUCAAAAUGUAGACGGUUUGGAGCAACGCGUUGGUCUUAACAACCUCAUCAACUUACACGGCUCUUUAAACCAAGUUAGAUGCGCUAGUUGUUCUUUUGUUGGUGAUAUGUCCUCAGAAUACCUUCAAGUCUUCGCAGGCGGUCAAUCUCCAAAGUGUCCUCUAUGCGCUCAAAGAGCCACUGAAAGGAAAGCCCUCGGAAAAAGACCACUAGCUGUUGGCUGUUUACGCCCAGGCAUCGUUCUCUACAAUGAAAACCAUUGGUCGGGCGAUUCUAUUGCCAAAGCUCAAUCCUCUGACGUGAAAAAGAAGCCUGAUUUACUCAUCGUCAUGGGCACUUCACUCAAGGUUCACGGCCUUAAGCAGCUCGUUAAAGGCUUUUCAAGAACUAUACAUCAAAACAAUCUAGAAGCGAUCGGAAAUUCACGCAAAACCACAGGCAGUGUCGUUUUUGUUAAUGCUACUCCCGCAGCAGGCAAAGAAUGGUCGCAGGAUUUUGAUUAUUUUGUCCAUGGCACUUCGGAUGAAUUUGUCAACAAGCUAACGGAGCAAUGGAAGUCAACCAGACCUCAAGACUGGCAAAUACAGACAACAAUCACUCAUGCACACAGAUCUACCAAGAAGAAUACCGUCAAUGCAAAGAACACAGCAAAGUUACACGAAAUACCUCCUCAUAACGAUGGCGCGGCUAACAAGUCAAGCAUCAACUCAGUCAAUUCCAACAUGGGGUCUCCUCAACCGACAGUGACGGCACAAUUGGCAGACCAAACAUCAUCUCCAGUACUUAGCACACGUAUAACCCAACCAAUACAAGAAACCAAUCACUUUCCACCCCUCCCGAACAAGUCAGACGUUUCACCCAGAUCGAGAAAGAGGAAAACAACGACUACGUCCACGAUCAAGCGAUCAGUAUCAUCAACGCAGAAGGGUAUUGUGGAUGUGAGCAUUCUCAAGAAAAACAAGAGCGAGGACCUUUCACUUAACUUUGAUCUCAAGCUGGGUGAUGGAUCAGAAACCGAGCCUGAGGAAGAUAAUAUUCCAGUACCAACGCCAACACCUUCUAACGCUAGAAGAAGCGUACGUAUUAGGAACUCCACUAUAGCUGCUGCUGCAUAA